AUGUCUGAGCCAGAUUGUACAAAUAUGUUAAAACAAUCAGAAGAACAACUAAACCAUCAUGUAGUUGUCGAGUCUCAUUUGUAUAAUAAUAACACUGGGCAAUCAUCUCAUUCACAGCAUGACGAGGAUUCAUUCCAACCUCAAACUCCAAUAACUCCGCACUCGCCUUUUACUCCCUCAUUACACUCGCCUUCAGAUUUGGACCAGCUAAUAACAAGUAAAUUACCACAAAAAGAAGAAACAGAACAAAAUGUUGUUUCUAAAGGUAACGAUACUAAUACUGCAAUAGUACUAAGAAAAUCUUCUUUACCAAAAAAACCCACGUCCUCCUCCUAUUCUUUUCAACCACUUCAACUAUUAUUACAAGAAUGCAGUAAAGAGUAUAUCAUUUUACACCUGGCAACAAAAUCCGAGGAAGAAAUGAAAGAUUUAUUUGGUGAUCGAAAGAAAUUAUUUAAUGACAUACAACAUUAUUGUACAGAAAAUGUCUUGUCAUCAGCAAGAAACAAAAUUUUUGACCAAUUAGAUGAAAGAGGAAAAGAAUUAUUGAAAACAAUUAAUUCAGAUUCGGAUGUUAUUAAAGAAAAGUUUCAAGAAACAGUUAUAUUAGAUAAAUGUUUUUGCGAUGCUAUGGAUAGAAUCAGAACAGAAAAUCAUUGCCCGUCUAAACUUUCACCAAUUAUUUAUGAAGCACCUCCAAUGCCACCAAUGCCUCCAAACGGACCAAAUCCUCCACCCCAAUCAGUGUAUGAUUAUUCACAAUAUCCUCCUGACCAACAAUAUUAUCAUGGAUAUUAUAGUUCCUAUCCUCCAGAACUAUCAAAUUCCAAUUCAAAUAUUCCAUAUGCUGAUUGGCAAUCACAGAACAGUCCCGUUCAAUCUAUGCCCAUACAUUUGGCCUCAUUUCAAUGGAAUCAUCCAGGCAGACACACAGCAAUUCCUUUACCUACUAGUGCUCCGCGUUUAUCAAUGCCAGAACCACACGAAACAUUAGGAUAUAUUAAAGGUGUGAUUAUUAGAGAUGCACAAGGAAAUAUCGGCUUGAGUCAAUACACCUUUAACACAUUGUAA